UCUACUAAAAACUGAAGAAAUGUGGGUUCCUUCUCCUCACCCCGUCAUUUUGGAACUGAGAAAAGUUUUAUAAUUUAUAAUGUUGUCGUUACUUUGAGGCUCACAUGAUAAAAUGAUGUCAUUUUGAGAUUAAUCCCAAUAAAAUAAGUACAUAAUAUCAUAAUAAAAAUCACUUGUCAUCGGCCAUUCAAAUAAAUCAUUAUGGAUCAUUCAAAUGAAUCAUUAAUCAAUUCUUCCAUGCUUAGUGCUUAUAACUAAGGUCAUAUGUUGUAUUUAACUCCAAUUUUCAAUAAUUGUAAAAGUAAUAUAAAUGGCAUUCAGAAGCAUUGCAGGAAAAUUUUCACAUUCUUGAAUCCUAGCAGUGUUUGAAGAUAAAUAGUGAACAUGAAUCUUGUGAAAGUCGCGUUGGAUUACUUCACUGUCAUUCUGUUGAUUAUACAUUAAUUCUCCUCUGAUUACCACAACCAUGAAGUUGAAAGAAGGGGAAAAAUAGCUAAUCCAUUGUGUUUGAGAAAUAAGUAUACUGCCAAUUGUCAGGAUUUUGCAACAUUAUGUCCAGACAUGAAGUUGAUAUUCUGGCACGCACGAGUUAUACGUUGCAAAGAGGACUUGGUCAAUUGUUUGUUUUUAGCUAUGCUGUUCUGGUUUCAUCCCGCGAAGCAAGAAAUCCCACUUUCUAAAUUUGUCUCUUAAAAUUAGAGGCAAGUCUAAAUUUGUGUGGUGUUUAAAUGAAUCUAACAGAUUUUCCGGUGCUAAAACAGGAGCCAACUUCCCACAACUUCUCAAUGGCUGUUAAACCGUACCUUCCUUUCCCCUUAAUAUAAUCCUCUCCUCUUCAGUACCCUCUGCAUCCUAUAAGCAGCCUUGGGCCUACCAAGGUGGUCAGCAAUGGCUAAACCUCAAAAAUUACAGGCCUUUGGCUGCUUUCUUUUCUUCUUUUGUUUUUUCUCUUCAUUAUCAACUUCUACUUUUGCAUUGUCUGAUGCUGAAGUAUCGUAUAUCGCUCAUCGCCAGCUCCUAGCCCUUCCUGAAAAUGGCGAACUUCCUGAGGAUUACGAAUAUGAAGUCAAAAUAAUUGAAACUUUUGCAAAUCAAAGGCUGAAGAGGGCUUACAUUGGCCUUCAGGCCUGGAAAAAGGCUAUGUACUCGGAUCCGUUGAACACAACUGGCAAUUGGGUUGGUCCGAAUGUGUGUGCUUACACUGGUGUCUUUUGUGCUCCAGCAUUGGAUGAUCCCAAAUUGAGUGUUGUGGCUGGCGUUGAUCUUAAUCACGCUGACAUUGCUGGAUACAUUCCAGCAGAGUUGGGGUUGAUGACUGAUCUUGCAUUGUUCCACAUAAAUUCUAACAGGUUUUGCGGGAUUAUACCCAAUAGCUUGUCUAAGCUUACGCUUAUGUAUGAGUUUGAUAUCAGCAACAACCGCUUUGUUGGUCCUUUCCCAGAUGUUGCUCUAUCAUGGCCAGGCCUCAAGUACCUUGACGUCAGAUUCAAUGAUUUUGAAGGCAAAAUACCCUUUGGGAUUUUCGAAAGGAACCUUGAUGCAUUGUUCUUGAACAACAACAGGUUCACCUCCACCAUUCCUGAAACUAUUGGCAAAUCCACCGUGUCUGUUGUGACAUUUGCCAAUAACAAAUUCCAAGGAUGCAUUCCACACAGCAUUGGCAAGAUGGCGAACCUGAAUGAGAUUGUUUUCAUGAACAAUGACCUUGGUGGUUGCUUCCCAGCAGAGGUUGGUUUGCUUGGCAACGUUACUGUCUUCGACGCCAGCUUUAACUCAUUUACAGGUAUCUUGCCACAAAGCUUUUCAGGCUUGAAGAAGCUUGACCUCUUGGAUAUUUCCCACAACAAGCUGACAGGAAUUGUACCCGAAAAUGUUUGCAAGUUGUCAAGCUUGUCUAAUUUCACAUUCUCUCACAACUACUUCAAGGGAGAGGCCAAUGCUUGCAUACCACAUUCAAGGAGGGACGUUGUUUUGGAUGACACCAGCAACUGUUUGGCUGGUAGGCCAAAGCAAAAGUCAACCAAGGAAUGUCAACCCGUGCUGAGUCGCCCUGUGGAUUGUAGCAAGGACAAGUGUGCUGGAGGCUCUUCAUCUCCCAAACCACAGCCACCUUCGAAAUCUAGCCCAUCCAAGCCACAGUCAAAACCACAGGUCACAGCUCCUCCAACGCCAAAGCCACAGCCAAAACCACCGGUCACAGUUCCUCCAACGCCAAAGACGCAAUCAAAACCACCUGUCACAGCUCCUACAACACCAAAGCCACAGCCAAAACGUCCAGUCACAGCUCCUCCAACGCCAAAGCCAAUACCAUCCACACCAGAUGACCCAUACGGACUAUCUCCUGUUGGAGGGGUUCGCUCACCUCCACCACUAGUUCAAUCUCCACCCCCACUCGUCCAGUCACCCUCGCCACCUGUCCAUUCACCACCACCCCCUCCACCUGUCUACUCACCACCACCACCUGUCAAUUCACCACCUCCCCCAGUCCACUCACCACCACCUCCUGUCUACUCGCCACCACCACCAGUCUACUCCCCUCCACCACCCGUCCAUUCUCCACCUCCACCAGUUUUCUCACCACCACCACCCGUCCAUUCUCCACCUCCACCAGUUUUCUCACCACCACCACCCGUCCAUUCUCCACCUCCACCAGUUUUCUCACCACCACCACCCGUCUACUCUCCACCUCCACCUCCACCAGUAUACUCACCACCACCACCAAUCUACUCACCACCUCCACCAGUAUAUUCACCACCACCACCCGUACAAUCCCCACCUCCACCGGUUUACUCACCACCACCACCACCACGAUCUCCAACUCCAUCUCCUCCUCCUGCUGUUGCUUCUACACCGCCACCUACCGAGGAAUUUGUCCUCCCUCCAAACUUAGGAUUCCAGUACUCAUCGCCACCUCCACCAAUGUUCCCAGGCUACUAAAUAGUAUAAUUUUGACAUCUUUA